CGCGGCAUGAAUGAGAGGCGCGGCGCCGCCCCUCCCCCGCCGGGCCCGCCCCUCGCCGGGGCCGCAGCUAAGCAGUCGCUACCGCCAGCUCAGCGGCUCGGACUCACGGACGCGGCUCGCUAGCAGUUCGCCGCACGAAAGCUGACUCCGGGCGCCGCCGCCCGCACGCCCGCUGCCCGCCGCCCGGUUCAUCCAUGAGCUCAGAUUUCCCACAUUAUAACUUCAGGAUGCCUAAUAUUGGAUUCCAGAAUCUGCCUCUCAACAUAUAUAUUGUGGUUUUUGGCACUGCUGUGUUUGUCUUCAUCCUUAGUUUACUCUUCUGUUGCUACUUGAUUAGGCUGAGACAUCAAGCACACAAAGAAUUUUAUGCCUACAAACAGGUUAUAUUAAAAGAAAAAGUAAAAGAACUUAAUUUACAUGAGCUCUGUGCUGUGUGUCUAGAAGACUUCAAGCCUCGAGAUGAAUUGGGGAUUUGCCCAUGUAAGCAUGCCUUCCACAGAAAGUGCCUUGUUAAGUGGCUGGAAGUCCGGAAAGUGUGUCCUCUGUGCAACAUGCCGGUGCUGCAGCUGGCCCAAUUGCACAGUAAACAGGACCGCGGUCCCCCUCAGGAGCCCCUCCCUGGGGCAGAGAAUAUUGUAUAGCUUGCUGCAAGGAUCAGACUGUUGCUGGACACAUCAGUAUGGAGCCAGGAGGAACACAAGCAGACUCCGUUUUGGCUGCUCUCUGCCUGGGGCAUCCACUGUCACUUCCUUUGCCUCAUGAAGAACUCUUGAGACCCUAGGCAUCUGGAUCUGUGACAACCAAAGCACCCUGAUAUUACCCUAUGCCAAAAGGAGUGGAUGAGCCUGCAGGUUUGGUUUCAGAAGUUUCCUGAGCAUCUCCUGCCUCCCAGGCACCUCCACAUCAAGCAAAAGGGAAGAUAAGCACAGGUGUUAAGAGACCAGAACUGUGAAUGGGGCUUUGAUGCCACCCCCACCUGUGGACCCAUAAGCUGCUGUGCAGACUCGACAGCCUCUUGUUGCCACAUGUCCUCUUGGCAUCCCGAGUCAAGUGAAGCCAGUUGUUCCAUCAGCUGAAGCACAACUGGCUGCCAGUAUUUGGUGAAGCAGCCCUUGCAAGGCUUUUCAGAUUCUGUUCUUUUAAUAAGGCCAUCUUGGAGUCUAAAGACUUUGGAAACAGCAGCAACCGAACCCCUGCCACACGUGCCAGUUCACACUUGCUGUCAAAUCUUCCAAGUUGAAGCCAUUGGAAACACUUGGAAAGGCCUGGUCAGGAGCCAUUCCUCUUCUGUUUGCCUUCCCAGUCAUCAGUAAGACCCAGCAGGAGCUUAACCCUGAACCUCCACUGUCCCUGUGUAACCCAGGGGCCAGGGUACUGCUCAAAGUACACCACAAAUGUAGUGUGAUUCCAUUACAGCUGCUGGCCUCAGCCCACUGGCUAAGGAGUCUCUCUGGGCCCCUCAGAUGGCCCCAAAGAAGAGCCCCUUUCUUAGCAAAGCCAGUCUUCACCCACCAGGAUGGCCAGGACAGACACUCUGGCUUCUCUCCUCCUCUCCUCUGCUCUUUUUCUACAUAAGAAAAAUGUCUUACUGCAUUUUUAAACAUUUAUCCCAAAUAAGCUCCCUGUAAUUCUGAAGCCAGUGAGCCACUUGGAGUUGUAAAUAGUUUGAGGAAGCUCCUGCAUGGCUGGCCUUCUGUUGGUGUGUACCUCAGUUCUGUGGACUUGAGAUCCCUAACUGAAGGUGUUUUUAUAGGGAAAAUGCAUGCUGCUCUUUGGCUCUCCUGUCCAACUUUUCUAGAGAUAACUGCCUCCAAUAGGUUUUGUGAACAGUGUAAGUUCGCCGUGUAAAGCACAGACUGUUAUUCUUACACAGCUUGUUCUCCCUUCCCUUGUCACAAUAGUGCCACUGCAAUGCCUCAUCAACUGCUCUGCUCUGCUCCAUCCUAUAGGUGUGAGAAAAUUUUUUCAGGAAGUACACUCUGGCAUGGGAGAUGGAGGGCUUUGCUACUCUGUUCUUGGAUUCUACCUAAUCUUAGAAUGAGAAGGGACCUGCCUUUGCCUCCAGUAGCUAGGAUCAGUUGAGGAAGGAAAUUCCUAUGUCUAAAAAGCGCUAUGGAAGCCAAGUUGUGGCAGUAUACAUCUAUACACUGCCAGCAGAGGCAGGCAGGGUCACAAGUUUUGAGACCAGACUUGGCUUCAUAGUGAGAUCCUCUUGCAAAAGGGGGUGGCAGGGGUGGGAAUAGAGGCUCUUGGCAGAGUCCAUUUGGAAAAUUACAAAUCCAGUUGGAAAGAAUAAGCUGUUCCCAGUGUUCUCUGUUUGUGACAGGCCAGCUGGAUUCCUAUGCAGGGCAAAGGAGUGUGAAACUUUUUCUAUGACAGCCUUAGCCUGAUUGACCCCAAUAAUCCAUACCUAUGUCCCUCUGUUUGUAGUACCAGAGUCAAAUGCCCACACUCAGUUUACAGUGAAAUGUUUUCAAGUGACCAAUGCCAGCCAGAAGUGGGCUUCUCCUGGCUUAAUUUUGUUAUAGGCUAGCAUCUAGCAUUUCAUAUUGCAUAACUGGAUACAGUAAGGAAAUCCCUCCCCCUUAAAGAUUCCCAUAUGAUCGAUACUAUGAAUUAUUGCCACUCACAGCUUCAGUAGAAUCUUGGCCUUUAGCUUAAGCUGCAGCUUUUCCUGUCCUUGAACUCACCUACUCAAAAGCGAGCAUCACCAAAGGUCUGUAAUUUUAGAGGCAAAACUGCUCAUCAGACUUUUAGAUAGGUUGAGGUGGCUGGUAUGCAACCUGAAUAGUCAGGGGCAUUGGGAGAAUCCUGGGUGUUUUGCUCUGCUCUACCUGAAUGAAGUCCCCUAACCAUUUCUGCUCAGCCACUCUUUAAAUGUGAUUUCUUCCUAAAAGGCAUUCCUUGGGCUCGAAGCUGAAACUACAAAGUAUGUUUCUCAUCUCCCCUUCUUGGCCACUGCUCCCACUUCUGGCACUUGGCAGCCUCAGGAACCCAAUAUUUGCUCCUGAUGUCUGGGUCCCCCACCAGUGCUUCCUAUGUAUCUGCAGCACUGGCCAAGUCAUAUGCACUUAGGCCCAAACUUACAAUGAGACCACCCUUUCCACCUCAGUUCCAGAGUUUCUGGUAGCUUUUUGUGUGGAUGUGUGUGGGUUUGGGUCUACUCUCAGACCACUGGACUCUUUAAGUGUCUUAAGUAGCUAGAGGACUGGGUGUCACUUGUGGGCUGUAGUGUUAGAAAUGGAACAAAACCUAUCUACCCUACUCGGGUCACUGUAACAUACAAGAAAUUGACAUCUGCAGCUUUUCUUUGCCAAGUGUAAUUUAGUUUGGUCUAUUCCUGAUCAUUUAAGGUUCUUUUAACAUGUACUUUGCCUAGCCAAGAAGUAGAACAAAACGGCUAGGUAGGGACAGGUAGCCUCUGGGUGAUGUGUGCUGAGGAACAAGGGGCCUCCCACCGUUGCCAAAUACUGUGCUCGACAAGACUUGACAAAAAGCUCUUUCCCAUGGCUCUGUUCCAAAGCAUGCUAUCUCCAACUGGGAACAGCCACUCUACACUAUGCUGAAGACCUACAGCACUUACUUUCUGGGAAUUUGAGAUAUCUAUAGAGGUUCCUGAGAACUCUAUGCAGAAAUGCUUGGACAAGUUGGAAUUGGCCAACUGUGCUUUCCUCAGCCACCACCUAGAAAUUGUAGCAAGGUUCCUAGAUGGUCUGCCAGUCCAGUCUGGUAGGCACAGGCAUGGGGGAGCAGGAACUGCUGAUAGCACGUAAGUUCCUGGUCACAAACUCAGGAAUUUCUGAACUAUGGGACUUCCCCUGGCUCCACCACAAUCUCUUUGAGACAGGUUCUAUGUACUCCCCAGUUAUCCUGAAUUUGUAUAGACCAGGCUGGCCUCAAAAUCAGAAAUCCAGGGCCUUCUGCCUUGCUCAGUCUUCCUUGAGUCUUUGAAUAGGUAAUCCUUCACAAAAUUCACACA